GGCACCAUCUCCCAUCGCAAGUCGCACGGUCUGGUCUCCUCCCAUCUUUGUCACGCAUCAUGUCUCACGGAGUCACCGUCGUGAUCGUCGCCCUCCUUCUCUUCCUGUCUUUGGCCCAUGCAGGCAGGCCUGAGCCAGAGGAUCUUGAGAAGGCCAACGUCCAGGGUGUCGAGGGAGAGGAAUCUGACAAGGUGGUGCAAGGAUGCGAAGGGAAGGAGGACUGCUUGAUGAGAAGUACUCUCAAUGCUCACACCGACUACAUCUACACGCAGGGGGGAGAGACGUCCGAGAAGGUGGAAGGAGGAUGUGCGGGUCUUGGGAAGGAGAAAUGCUUGGAGAAAACUACUCUCACCGCUCACACUGACUACAUCUACACACAGCGACACCACUAGAGGAGGUGGUGUGUUCUCCUGGUUUGGGGUGUUUGGCUUGGGGGUUUGUUGAUGUCGUGAUAGUGCUUAUCCUCGCGUAUUCCCACCUUUGGUUCAUGAAUAAUAAUAAUACCUCCAUUGAUGUCU